CUCCUGAUGCUGUAGGAUCCCUCCCUUCUGUGCCAGACCGUGAGGGCAGAUAGUGGGCGCAGCUGCGGAAGGCAGCACUGCUAUCAGCCGGGCCAGGCAAGGCCUGGCUGGCCAUGGCCUCAGGGGCGCCUGGGGAGCGACUGCGCGAGGAGGCCAGGUGCCCUGUGUGCCUGGAUUUCCUGCAGGACCCGGUCAGCGUGGCCUGUGGCCACAGCUUCUGCCUCCAGUGCAUCUCCGAAUUCUGCGAGAAGUCCGACAGCGCUCAGGGGGGCCUGUAUGCCUGUCCGCAGUGCCGGGGCCCCUUUGGGCUGGAGAGCUUUCGGCCCAACCGGCAGCUGGCCAGCCUGGUGGACAGCGUGCGGCAGCUGGGACUGGGCCCGGGGCCCACGGGGGUGCGCCAAUGCGCGCGGCAUGGCGAGGAGCUGAGCCUCUUCUGUGAGGAGGACCAGGAGGCGCUGUGCUGGGUCUGUGACACCACCCCGGAGCACAGGAGCCACCACACGGUGCCACUCCAGGAGGCAGCAAGGUGUUACCAGACCAAGCUCCUGAUGGCCCUGGAACUUGUAAGGAAGGAGAUGGAGGAGACCUUCACUCAGGAGGCCAACACGGGGAAGAAAACUGUCGUUUGGAAGGAGAAAGUGGAAAUGCAGAGGCAGCGUUUCAGGUUGGAGUUUGAGAAGUAUCGUGGGUUCCUGGCACUAGAGGAGCAACUGCAGCUGAGGCGUCUGGAGGAGGAGGAGCGAGCCACCCUGCAGAGACUCCGGGAGAGCAAGAACCGGCUGGUGCAGCAGAGCAGGGCUCUGAGGGAGCUGGCCGAGGAGCUGGAGGAGAGGUGUCAGCGCCCAGCGCUGGGUCUGCUGGAGGGUGUGAGAGGAGCCUUGAGCCGAAGUAAGGAUGUCACACGGCUGGAAACGGAGACCAUCCCCAUGGAGCUGAGGACAAUGUGUCGCAUCCCUGGGAUGAGGGAAAUGUUGAGAAAGUUCCAAGUUGAUGUAAAGCUGGACCCUGUCACAGCGCAUCCUAGCCUCCUCUUGACGGCUGAUCUGCGCAGUGUGCAGGACGGAGAGCUGUGGAGGGAUCUCCCCAACAACCCUGAGCGAUUUGACACAUGGCCCUGUAUCCUGGGUUUGCAGAACUUCUCCUCAGGGAGGCAUUAUUGGGAAGUUAUGGUGGGAGAAAGAGCAGAGUGGGGUUUAGGUGUCUGUCAAGAGACAGUGCCAAGGAAAGGGGAGACCACACCCUCUCCUGAGAAUGGAGUCUGGGCCAUGUGGCUGCUGAAAGGAAAUGAGUACAUGGUCCUUGCCUCCCCAUCGGUGCCUCUCCUCCACCUGGAACGGCCUCAUUGCAUUGGGAUUUUUUUGGACUAUGAAGCAGGUGAAAUCUCAUUUUACAAUGUAACAAAUGGGUCUUACAUCUACACGUUCAAUCAACUGUUCUCUGGUAUUCUCCGACCUUAUUUUUUUAUCUGUGACACGAUUCCUCUUAUCUUGCCAUCUAUGACAGAUGCGGAGUCAGAAAACUGGGCAUCCGGAGGUCAUCUUGACUCUGCUUCUAAUGUGAGACACGAUCCUUCCUAACAUUCUGUUCCUGAGAAUUUUACACCUAGCAAAAGUUCCUGGGGUGGAAUGAGGAUGCAAACAUGCUAAGCCCCAACAAAUGCCCCCAUUCAGAUCAGCACUUUAAUCCUUCUUGCUAUGGACAUUUUUCCAUCAGGACAAAACAGAAAAUAUUAAAUAUUUACAUUUGGAGGAGAAUUAUAGAAUAUAUAUAUAUA